AUUAAGGUAGUCAGAGAAAAAAACAAUGGCCACUUUACGGGAAGGGGACAAUAAAGUCGGUUUUCGUCAUCUUUCCGACACAGAAAAUAACGAUAUGUCAGAAGAUUUGAGUGAUGGAAAUAGGAAGAUCCUUCCGUGGGAUGGAUUUUCAGAAUGGUUUAAUUGUUUUUGUGUUGUGACGUUUGAUCUUGAACUCGGACAAGCUCUGGAGUUCAUCUAUCCAUCACACAUCAAGCUUACAGAAAAAGAGAAAAUGAAUAUAUGUUACCUGUCUUUUCCGGAUUCAAAUUCAGGAUGUAUGGGAGAUACCCAGUUUAGCUUCAGGAUAAGACGUUGCCCAGACAAAAGAAAUUUCAUACACAGUAAAAGAAGUACAGAAUACAACAAGCAUUGCCUUCCUACAUUACAGAUUGAUGCUGCUCAUUUAUACGGGUAUGUCUACUUUCGGCAAGUUAAGGACAAAACUUCAAGGAGAGGCUACUUUCAAAAGUCAUUAGUUCUCUUGAGUCGAUUACCCUUCACAUCGUUAUUCACCCAGUUAGCUAGCCUGGUAGCUCCAGAGUAUUUCGACAAUGGGGAACCAUCAAUAGAAGCAGCUUGCCAUGAUAUUGACCAAUGGCCAUCACCUUGCCCAGGAAAGACCCUUCACUUACCCAUUAUGGGCUGUGUCCUUCAAGUUCGUAUCCCAUCAAGGCAAGACAAACCCAGUGCUGCAGCAGUUGCCAAGGGACAGGUUGAGCUGAUGGGAUCGCCUCUUACUGUUGUGCCUUCCAUCAGUGAGCCUGAGAUGUUCAGAUGCCUUCAUCCAGUUAUACCUCACAUACAGCUUCUAUGGGAGCUUGUCUUGACUGGAGAGACAUUAGUUGUGAUGGCACCAGGUCCUGGUAUGUGUGCUGAUACAGUCCAUGCAAUGGUCAGUAUGAUAUCACCUCUAAGGUUUAUGUGUGAUUUCAGACCGUACUUCACCAUCCAUGACAGUGAAUUCAAAGAGUAUACAACAAGAACACAAGCACCGCCUUCAGUAAUUCUUGGAGUGACGAAUCCAUUCUUCGCCAAGACAUUACAACAUUGGCCACACAUAGUACGGAUAGGAGAACCAACUUAUGGUGAUAAGAAUUCAAAAGCUCUGAAACCAAAGAAGCCAGGGAGUAUCAAGACAUUAGAGUCAAAGCCAGGUGUCUACACACAGUAUAAACCAUUCCUGAACAAAGACAAGAGUAUCAUUAAGAGAUUAGCAAAGGGCAUGCAGACAAGAAGACCUACAGAAGUCCAGGAUGCCAUGCUACGGAGACAUCUCCUUGAGCUUACACAGAGUUUCAUGAUUCCACUUGAAAGAUAUGUAGCUAGUCUCAUGCCUCUUCAAAGGAAUAUCUCUCCUUGGAAGCAUCCCCCAAGGUUAAAGCCAUUUGAUGCUGAGGAGUUUCUGAAAACAUUGGAACAUUCUGGACCCCAACUCACAUCAGGACUCAAAGGAGAUUGGGUGGGACUCUACAAGAAAUUCUUUAGAUCAAAGAAUUUUGAGGGUUGGUUUCAUCAGCGUCAGGAGGAAGUGAACUGUAAGCUGUCAGCUCUCCACUUAGAGACUCUUUGUGAGGCAGACAUCGCUGACUGGGCGAAAGACAAGCAAGAGGUGGAGGUUGUUGAUCUCCUCUUGAAGCUGCGAGAGAAGAUGGCUAGUGUCCGGGACAACAGUAUCUUGGUGAAGCCAGAAUUGAUCAAACAGCUAGGAGCACACAUGGAUGCUAUCAUCUUGAACUUACCUGAAGACUUACAAAUUGUCCUACAGAGUCACUGAUAGUGAAUCCAAACACUCACUGAUGCAUGUGAAACCUUUAUAAAGGGGAUUGCUAUGUGUCUUGAUAUAGCCAAAUUUGGUCAAGCAGCUUUAAAAGGUCACAAGGAGUUGAAAACAUUGGCAUUUCAUAAGAGUCACUUGAAUGGAAGGCAUCUUUGAAUGUUGAGAAAUGAAAAGCCGUGUAUGAAGCUGGAUACCUUUCUUUGAUGAAGUAAAAUCAUUGUUGAUUGAGCAGCAAUGAAUGCAAGUGGAUGUUACCAUUAUGAACUUUGGAUUAUCUGAAGGACCUGUGGUUCAUCUGAAUGUACUCAACAGGAAUCCAUCUGUAAUGAGGUUAGCAAACACAACCAAGUCUUCUAUAUACUAAGUGAGAUCCCUGAACUAUCUUAAGGUGAAUACAGUGUGCUACAAAGUCAAGUCAAUGAUUUAUCAGUCUAGGAAGACAUGAAUUUACAAAUCAAUGACUUGAAGGAAAGAAUUCCUUUCUUGUUCAUGCUGCAGGUGGUUCAUAUCGAUGACAUUAGAAACCAACCAGACCAACUUCAAAUAUUACUAUGUGGAAAAUGUGACUUGGGACAGGAUUGUAUUCUCAAGUUUGAACAUGUUGUUUGGUCAUAAAGGUGAAGGAAAAAAUGUUUUUGCACAUUUUGUAUAUUUUGUACUGAGAGCCUGAAGGAUUCAUCAUAAUGAUAAUCCCUUCUAGUUCUAUGCACAGUCUGUUCAUUUACUGGUACACAUGUGCUCAAAAUAUUUGCCCUUGCCAUUUUAGAGUAUUUUUAUCUGGAACUGAUAUGAAGUUUUUAUACUAAACACCUAAGCUUUAAAAAUAUAAUUGGGGAGAAUUCAGAUUUAUUUGAAUGAUCAUUAUGAUUUUUGAUAUUUGUUUCUCCAAUCUGCUAUCCCUGUCCAUUGGCGCAUUUAGGAUUUAAUAGAAACUUCUUCCUUAACAUUCAAGCUUUACAACCAAAAUUCUACAGGAAUGAAUUUUAGAAUAUGUAUGUAUAUUGAAUUUCCAGUAGAGGCUUUUCUCCUGUGCCUUUUGAUCACUGACCAUAUUCUUUUUAUUUAAUGUAUUAUUCUUAGAAUAAUAGUGAAUACUUAAUUUUGUGCUUGAAAUCGAAAGAAAAAAACACAACAUGUUUUUGUAAUAAAAAUUUCCUGAUGUAUCAAUUUGUCUUUCUAAGCUCUUUUGAUAUAUUUUUGCUGAAAUUGUAAAUUCUCACAUUUCACACACAACUAUAAAAUUUCAAGGGUGUAUAUAUUUGAUGUGCACAAUUAUUAUUCUUCUUUACAUCACCACUCUACAUGGAUAAACAAAUCAUUGUAUUUACUUAACAUUGUGAACACCUCAUACAGCAACUGACUGGAAUAUUCCCCUGGGAGUGGAGAAUGAUCUUGCAGCUUAUUGGAUUUAUAGGAACUUAUCAUUGAAACCAUUCAUUAUGGGCAUUCAAUAUUCUACUGGAUUUGUAUAUUCUGAAAUUUUAUGCAUGUAAAAGUCGGUUGAUGCAUUUAAUGGUGAUGAAAAUUGUAUUAAAUAUUAUUCCCGGAUACUUGAACUGAACCAAAUGAACCAAGUGUCACGUUUCGGCAAACUGAAUGUUAAUGGUCUUAGAUGUGUCACAAUUGGCUACCUUUAAUUAAUCACUUUUAAGCUACAACUUUUGACCAGAAUUUAGAUUAAACCCGAGUUCAGGAUUGGGGCCUACGUCGUUGGUACCUUACAGAGAGCAUGAUUAUAAUGUUGUUUACUUCUUAUACUGCCUGCCACAAAAGUAAUUACAAAUGUAAAAUGAUUUGUAUAUCUAUAUGAUAUUUCAUGGUUGUGGUGUGCAUGCGCUAUGUUGACAUUGUACUAUUUAAAGAUGUUUGAAGCAAAAAUUUAUGCAGACACAGUGUAAUAUCCAGAUGGUAUCAAGUGCUGUGUUAUUGUUAUUAUUGAACUCUUAUCAGAUAUUUGAUUUAUUUAUUUACCAACAAUAUUGACAUGUUUACAGCUUAUGAAACAAAUUGCAUAACAGUUACACAUGUAUAAAAAUAUGGUAAAUGGGACCAGAUAAUAGCACAAGUGUUAAUCGAGCCUGGUCCCACAAAUAUUACAAAAUGCACAUUUAAGAAGGAAAAACAAAACAAAUUAAAAUUGCAAUAUAUUCCUUGUAAAGGGUUAUCACCAACAUAAUUGUAUUGAUUAUCUACUGUAGACUUGCAUGUUGAUGGUGUGAAUUUAUAAAAACAAAUAAGUUUUCGAGAAUCCCUCAAACUUUUUCUUGAUUUCUUCAAUUUCAUUUCAACUGGUACUUUAUUCCAGAAUUUGCUACCUAGAAAAGAAAAUGAAAAUUUGCCUUGAGCUGUUUCUAGUCUUAUGGAAGAUUUGUUAUUAUUUGUUUGGCGUCACCUCUGCCUGGGAGGUGAAAAGCAAACUGAAUCACUGUGACCAGCGAGUCUCCUCCCAAUGUAACUGAUUGAGGGAGUGCAGGUAAAUAUGCAAAGGUGGUGACUCUCCUCUGCACAAGGCCUCCAUUUAAUGUCUUAUCCGAGGGAUGGACUGUUUUCCAAUGUAACAUGGCUCACAUCUAUGGAACAAGGGAGAGUUGUUUACACACGACACAGUCACCUUCAGUCACCUGACCAGGGACUCAAACUCACGACCUUUGGUUCAACACACAGAUGAUAUAGCGACUGUACUGUGUACAUAAAGUGAAGAGUAAAGCUAGAAUGAUGUCCUUUAAUAUGUACACAUUAUGCUCUGUGAGUUAUCUUUCCAUAUUGCUGUUAUUUGAGGUCUAUAUAGAGAAACAUGCUGGUAGUAGUGUACAACCCUGCCCUUAUUUUAAUAUACAUAUAUGUACUAGUACAAAGUCAUAUAGAAUCAACAGGAAUUAACCAGCAUCACAAACAUUACUUUAUCUAUAGAUUAACAUCAAAUACAUGUAUUUGAUGGACCAAUAUUUACGGGUGGUAAUGUUACACGUUUAAACAUCAUACAAUAGUGAGAGUGAUAUUUUAUUGUAUUAUUAAGCUUUAUAAUAUAAUCAUUCCUAGUAUCCAGGGUUUUCUUGGGUUUACAGUGAAAGGUUAUAAAAUGUUUUACAAAAAUGUAUAUUUUUAAAUAUUAAUGAUGGUUAGACGAUUGUCAUCGGAAUUAUGCACACUUUGAAUAUCAGAAUUCAGAGUUCAUUGUUGUACAUAGAAAUGUUGAUCAUUUUAGAUCGUUCAACAAUUCUUGUGCCUACACAGUAGCAAGAAUCAAGUAUUGCAGAUUUGAAUGUAAUUUUAAUGACAUUAAGUGUGUUGCUCUUACUGUAGAUGUAUGUUACAUGUAUAAUUAUUUCUUUGUGAGUUGCAAAUGACCACCAGUUGGCUACCAUUUGUGAUGGAAUUAGUCCCACCACCAAACAUGUUCUUGCCAAAUCCUAUCAUUAACGGUGUCAUUGAAUUCAUGAAAUGUCUUUUAGCAAGUGACUUUCUUUAAAAUAUUCAUUCUUGGCUAAUCAGAUUCAAGGAUGUCAAUUGUGUUUGCGUAUCAUAAAUUGUAAGUAUUAUUAAUUUGCAUCAUGAAAUGUACAAGACGCAAUUUAUCAAUGUCACAUAGAAUGGUUUUUCAUUUGAUAUCAUUGACCUUUGACUUUGCAUGAGAUAGCAUAACUAGCGUAAAAGCGAGAUUACAUAUAUUUUUUGGCUCAUUGUACACAGCAUGUUUGAUGUGCUGUAUUAUUUUGUCAUGUCAAUAUUGGUCUCUUUUGAAACAAGUGCUUGAAAUAAUGUCAUCCCCAUUUUCACGCUCUAAUCUGGGAUUUGUUUCAGUGGAUUUUUUUUAAUCAACAAUUAAAGCUUAGCUUUUGUAUUGUGGCUUUAAAAAGUUUGUGAUUGAAUUUCAAUUUUGGAUACCAUGAUAGAACAAUAUCUGAGGAAUCAUCAAUGAGACUGCUUAAGACUUAUAUUUUGUUAGAAUAUAGACAUAUAAUGAUCUAGUUAAAACAGUGACAAUGUUUUCCAUGUAAGAACUUAGUUUAAACAAAUGGACAUGAAAGCCUCUUUGAUAUAUGACUUUAUUACAGGACAAUUUUAUUUGGAUUUCUUUAUUUUUACUAACAAACUAUAAUUUCAAUUUCAAUUUCAAUUUAUCAUACAUACCAAAUUUCAUGUUCAAAACUUGCCUUAGCAAAAUUUGAUUUAUCUUGAUACAUGUGAUUGGAAGGAUAUAUUGGCUUAGUUUUGGUGAUAGUAAUACGUAACCUAUUAAUCAAGAAUUGUGGAUUUAAAUGUAAGGAGGAUACUGCUAAAUUGUGAUAGAUUUUAAUCCAUUUUAUGUGCUAUUAUUUUGAUAUGUGUUGCAGAGUACAUGUAUCACCACUUUAUAUUUUCUGUAUUAAUGUACGUUUCCUUCUGAUCUUGAACAGGAAAUGCAGGCAUUUUCUCAAUUUCUGAAUGACUGUGUUUAUGUUGUUAUGGUUUAAAAAAAAAAUAUAUAUUUUCUCUGUAAUCAGACAUAUUUAUCUUGUAUACUAAGAUGAACUGUUUUCCUUGUACAUGUUGAAUGAUAAUGUAUUGUAUGUGUCUUUGAAGGCACAUUUGCUGAAAAUGAAAAAAAAGAACUCUUCAGUGCAGAAUCACAGUUUUUAAAUUCAUUUGUAGUCUAAACAGGGUAGGAUCAUAUUUUAGAAGGCUUUUGUAUCAUUUACAUGCCUAUGCCCCUGAAACAUUAAAUGGGUAUAUGUUUUAUUUGGAUUUUCUUCUUCAUCGCAUCUUGUAAUCAUAGGACCUUACAUAUAGUUUUGAUGUGUUUGAUUUGAAGUUUACUUGCUUUAAUUGUAUUCUGCAACUGACACAAAGCCAUUUUAUUUGAAUAAUAUUCCUGGUUAAUGGUUGGUGCAUGAACAUUUUGACACAAGUUUUCUACCAGUUUUUAUUCUGUUGACCAUCAGGGUAUACAGGUGAGUCUACCCCAAGUCAGAUAUUUAGGGACCACAACAAUAUUUGGAUUCAAUGAAAUUAGACCUAAAGGAAGUAAAUAACACUAUCUGCUCUGAAUAGUGCUCUAACUUAGAUGAUUAUUCAAAUAUGCAUGCAGAUUCUACUGUGAAGAAAUGUGUUAUUCGUCAGUGAAUUACACCUUUAUAUUCAUUAUGAUACCAUCCUUAGCAAAAUGGAAUUAAUCAACUUUGUGUCAGAAUAGCAUCCCAGAAUAUUAAUAUGUUAUUAUUGGUCAACAUUCUACUCCCUACAUUGGUGCAUUGAUACCUCAGUGUCAUUUCACUUGAAUUCUAGGUUAUAUAAUAAGGAGAAUCUGUGAUUUAUCUGUAUGCUUUGAUUGCCAAUUACAAAACAUUUGUGAUUGCCAUUCAAUGUUUUUUUUUACAACAUAAAUUUGACCCUAGUGUCAUUCAUUUGAUCUGAGUUUUAAUUAUGAAUUGACACUGGUAAGUGUUAAUGAUGUACUUAUUAUAUAUAGAUGUAUAUUGCAAAAUACGUGAAUUCAUUUGUGACAAGAAGUUUUAUGUGUAUUAUCAUGAUGAUUGCAAUUAAAAUUAUUGUUUGACUUGUACUUGGUUUCUUGCUGUUUUCACUCAUUAUGUCAUUUUGUUUGCCUUGACUUCAAUUUCAUAUUAGCAACACCAAAGUAGAAACUAUAUCAUAAAAUCAAUGUAAUAUUCCUAUAUGCUUCCCCUCUACAUUAUCAGAAGUUAAAAAGGGUAAUCAUUUUCUAUUUUAUAUAUAUGUAGUCCAUGACUUAUGAAAAUGAGUAAAUAAGUGGAUGAAUGAAUAAAAAAGUAAUACAUAGAUAAUUCAAGUAGGUUGUGAUUUAGAGAAUGAGACUGGAGCAACUGCCUCACUGAUCUGACAAAAAAUGAAACAAUCAUGAUUUCAUUUAAUAAGAAAAGGGAGAGUGGGGAUGUGACAUCAGUACACGUAAUGAAUAUUCAUAUAUACAAAUAUAUAUAUAUAUUACAAAUAUAUACACUACUUGUGUCUCAGUAAACUGGACAUCCGUCAAACGAAGACUCGUGACUCGUUUAGAAAUAAUUGUGCAUCGGGAAAGUUUACCUCAACUACAAACUUAUUUGGAUAAAAAGUAUAAGUGAAAAAUGCGUAAUGCUGAAAAUUUCAUACAAACGGAUGUGAUAUAAGAAAGUUACGACACUUCAUCGUUAAGCUUAUUUUCACAAAACAUUUAUAUGAACAGGACGGAUGACAAUGUAAAUACGGUGAGGUCACAGUUUCGCUGUAGGCCUAUAUUCUUUGUAUCUUAUCAUAUGAAAUAUAGAAUAUCACAAGUUUUAUAGGAUUGACAAUAGAAAAUUCAUUUUGAUUAAACGAUACGUUGUAACAACAGGAAUUACACCUGUUCAUGGGGAAUGAAAAUUCAUUUAAUAUGAGGGGGAAAUUUUUGAUUUCAUAUGAUAUAUAAAAUACAAAUAAAUGAAAAUGUGGCAUCGACUCUCUCAUUCAUAUUUCCCUUUUGCUGUAGGCAUAUUUUUUUGUGAUUUUAAAGGUCCUUACUUCAUAUCAUAUAUUCUAUUAAAUAAAAUUUUCUGCAUUAUUCAUUUUCAUCAAAAUCAAUUUUUCGGUCGAGGCGCAGACUUCCCCGAUUCAUUUGUCUUAAAUAUGUUUGUAUGGCAAAAUUUCAUUUGAUCCUCGGUUAACCAGCUUUUUUAUUUUAAGUACCUUUCUUAUUUUAGAAUAAAUUUUGAUGAAACUUUGAGCAUUAUGCUUAUUAGUUUCCAUUUGUCCAAAGCGACCUCCACUUUUUUUUUCUUGGGGGGGGGGUGAUCUUCUCUCUAAUUGUAUACCGUGUAUAUACAACAGUUUGUGAUAUUGGACCAUUCAUUUUGUAGUAUGUUCCUCCACCGAGAACGUUCUCAAAUCACUGUUCUAAAUGUGAAACACAAAUUAGUGUAAGAACUCAUUGGACAGUGUGGGUAAGCACGCACAUUCUCUCACAAACAAACACACAUUAACAUUGUAAACAAUAUUGUUACUUUUAAUCAACAGCAAGUUUAUCUAAAAGAAAAACAUUUGACGAAGUUACAAUAAGCUAGGAUAUAGUACAAAGGGAACUACAUACAUGUAUACAUUAAUGUUCACAGUGCGCCUCAAGUAGUCAUACAAAAAAAUCCACACAAACAAAUCAAUAUAAAAGCGUGCUAGUGAAUGCAUGAUGCCCUACCAAGUAUAUCUGUUUCAAUUUAUGAAGAAUAAAAUAAUGUGAAAUAAAAUAUAAUGAAACCAAAACUUUAUCAAUGAAAAUACACACCGAACAAUCUUCAAGAUUUUACUUUCAAUUGCUGUAUGUCGUUUACCCAAGCUAUCAAAUAAUUACUGUGAAAGUAAACGGAUAUUCAAUCAGAGACAGAAUAUACUUAAUACUUUCACUAUGCGUUUUCUUGGUAAACUGAUAUAA